UUUGUAGAAGAAACGGAGGAAUGGCGCUGGCGCUUGGGGCCACAAAACUCGGCUUCCUAUUUUUCAUUGCUGUGAUUUUCACGACCGCCAGUGACGCUCAUCCCGGCAAACGGCAGUACUCGGAAAAGGAUGAGUAUGAAGAUGUUCCUGACCAACCAUUUCCUGGAAAAGUUCAAAUAAUGCCAAUUGUUCAACGUGACACGAAACACAAAGGAGUCUCAGAAACUGUUCAAGAAAUCAUCAGAGAGUUGCCUAACGAUGAGCAAUACGAGAGAAUCGGAAGAAUGUUGAACAACUCGUACGACGCAGUUAACAAAGAAGUUGCUGAGGGUAAAACUGCAAUCCAGCAGAAAAUGGUUAUGGCUGAAAGAAGAACUGGGGAGAGGACAAACUCAGUGGUUCAAAGUGCAGGAUUUUUCAUCUUAUCCGUGAUUCUCCCGAUCAUUGUAUUAUUUUAAUCUGAAAAUAUUAUUUGUGAUAUUUCGUAUUUUAUCAUUAAGUUAACAGAUUUUAAAGUUCCUCAAUUAAUUAAUCAAUUAUCAUUUAAAUAUUUAUUAUGUUUGCACAUUCCAUUUUUCUGGGUAGUUUCUUUAAAAAAAUAAAUACAACUUUCCAAUUUUCUUUCAAAUUAAGCAUAUUUCCCUUUUUUCUUAUACAAAAACUUUCCGAUGGUGAUAAAAGUUUUCCUAAUAAAUUAUGAAAUGGUCA